UGUUCAAUACAUGAAACGACGUUGUCGUUUGGAGCAGCCGCAUUGCGCCCUCCCCGCAACCUUGAACAUUACAGACCUUAUAUCUAGGUCCGAGGUACAAGGCAAGGAACACAGCGGGGCGAGCAUUAGAUUCGUCGUUGCACUGUCCUCUUUCCUCUUCAGAUUUCCCUCAAAGUUUUCAUCUUUUACGUGGAUCCACCUCCAUUUCACUUUCAGUUGUGUCCAAAUCUUGCAAGACAAUCAUAUCUGAAAUUGUGAUCUAUGGAGAUGCAUUGAUUGCAAUGCUUAGUGCAGAAGUAGGUUAAUUGAAAAAAUGUAUCUGCUCUGGUGGUGUUGUAGAGAUUUUUUCCUCAAGUCAAUAUAGCAAGGAUAAAGCUCAAUAAAUCGAUGGAAUUGGGUAGAAUAUGGCAAUAAAACCAACAGUUGCAUUGAGGGCUAUACUUGUUGGAGGGGUUGCAGCAUUCGCUAAAAUAGCCGGCGCAAUGAAGGCUGCAGGUGGUGUAAAAAUGGGCGCAGCUGCGGCUGCAAUGACAGCAGCAGCAACCGCAGCUGUGGCAGGAUCAAAACAAGAACAAAAAGAUGCUCCUCAACAGUCUCCAAAAUAAUGUAUCUUUAUCUGUUUCUGGAUUUCUUUAUGUAGAUUAGUUGAAUCUUCCCCGAGUUUUAUGGGAACAAAGAGAGCCAUUUGCAGAUUGUGAUAUUGACAGAUGGUGAAUAUAAUAACCACUUCAAAUGUUCUGUUAGAUAUGGAAUCAUGAAGUCUUAGAUGAAGCUGUACACUCAGCUGAGUAGUGUGUUUUAGAUGUUGUAAAUUUUGUUUUGCAAAAUGAUGACUUUGCAGUGAAUUUAUUUUCUUUUCAACUUUCCUGUGCCAGUUUAUGUUUGUAUUUUUAUAUAAAUUUUAUUUCCUA